AACAAUAUUUCCAUAAUUUUGCAGCACUAAAAACUACAAGUCAAUUACUGGCGUAUACAGCGACGUUUUACGACAAUUGACAGACUUUAACGACAGUGUCAUGGCGACGUACGGUGUCAGUUUUGAGAGUUCGAACACCAUUGAAGGAAAGAGGGAAAAUAAACGACAGGCACGACAAGAAGCACUACAAAAGGCUAAAGAACAGUAUGAGAAGGAAGAGAGGAGGAAGGAGCUGAAGCGACAGAGAGGCGAGGACACUUGGAUUCUGCCUGAGGUGGACCAGAGGCUGCAGCAGAUAGAGGAAGAUGGAUCCAUAAAGACCAAAAAGAAGAAAGAGAAGAAAUCCAAAAAGAAAAAGGAAAAGAAGAAAAAGGCCAAAAAGGAGCAGAAGAGAACAGAAGCCCAAGAUGGCUCAAGUCACAGUUCAGAGGAUUCGGGGGAGGAUUGGGUCGAGGCUGAGCCUCAGAGGCAGCCUGCUAAAGCUUGGCAAGUUACAGAAGAAUCUCAGACUUCAAAGAGCAGCCUCAGCCCAGCACAGAAUGUCCAGGUGACUUUCCUCACAGUUAGAGAUGAAUGGAUGACUUUUGACUUCCUGGCUAUGAAAACCACCUCCAUCUCAGAGAAACGGGCUGAGAAGGAACGGCAGAAAGAGGAAGAGAGAGCCAAGGCUGAGGCCAUUGAACAGGCUGGUUUGCACAAACUUGAGCUAAACCCUUACUGGAAAGACGGAGGGACUGGUUUGCCCCCGGAGGAGACUGCCAGCACUACAGCGACAAAAAAAGGAGGCCCAGUGGUGAACGAUGGUGGUCUGAGCUGGCUGAGGAAGAGCUAUCAGAGGAUGAAGGAGCAGGCAGAGCGGGAACACCGUAACCUCAGUGAUGUGGUGGCUGAGAGAUAUGGGUCAAUGGAGGACUUUCAGAAGCGACUGGCUGAUGCUGAGGAGGCUGCGUGUGGCGAGAGGAGAGAAGACAGAGCAGGCUCAGCCAGGGAUGGGUGGAGGGGGCAGGAGGCCAGGGAGAGGUGGAGGAGAAGAGACGAAGACCGGGGAGAUCUAGAUCGCUGGAGAAAAAGUGAAAGGGAUUCAUCACCUCGAGACAGGGAGAGAUACCAAAGCCGAAGAGAAGAAAACAUGGAGAGAUAUGCAGGAAGAGAAGAGGAGAAAGGUCGAGACAGAGGAAGGUAUAGAGAAAAAGAGAGGUGCAGGAAUAGGGAAGAGGAAAGAGAAAAUGACCGAAAAAGAGACAGAGAUAAUGAGAGAGAUGGAGAGAAGGACAGAGACAGAGGGAAAGAUAAGUAUAGGGAUGAAGAUGUGGAAAAAGAUAAAUCCAGUGCAUCAUCAUCAUCAUCAUCUUCAUCUUCACUGUCCCUAAAAGGCCGUUUCCUCAAACCCUCAGAGGAUGAUGGCAUUGCAGCUCCACGUCCGCCCCUGCGUCCAUCCACAGGGUUCAUAAAACCCAGCUCCGAUGAUGAGGACUCCACUCCCAAACACAGGAGUGUUGCAGCCUGGAGGAAAAGCAGCGGCUCUGCUCAUCAGCCCCACACCUUCGAAAAGCAGCGGCAGGAAAACAAGGAGGAGUCAGAGAAAACUGAAACGAAUCCUCAGGCUUCUGUCUCAACUAGGACUGAGAGUGAAAGCGAGGAAGAUGAGGAGGAAGAAGAGGAGAUUCCUUUGCUGUCAGAGGAAGAGAUGAACAAACUGGGAUCUAAGCUGAUAAAGGCAGAGAUAAUGGGCAAUACUGCCAUGGUCGAGAAGCUAAAAUCCCAACUGGCAGCUGCUCACAAAGCCAAAGAGAACCAUGCUGCCAGAAAGAAGCAACAUGAAGCGGCAAAGUCAGACCAGGUUGCAGGUCGUUCCAGAGAAGACGAGGAGCUUCUGCUAUUCCGAACAGACGAGUCAGGUCGGGCUUGGCCAGUCAAAGGCCCCUCAGGACCUCAGGAACCCCAUGGAGGACGAAGGAAAAAGAAAAAGAUUGAGACUCAUGUUGAUGGGGAGCGUGUCCGUUACUUCCAAGAUGAUGACAACGUUGGUCUGCAGGAGAUGGUGAGGAGGGAGAAGAUGAGCUCUGCACAGGAUCAGAACGCCCUCUACUCUCGUAUGGCUGCCAAGAUGAUGGGAAAAACGGAUGGUGAUAACUACACGCUAGAUGACAUGUUUGUGUCAAGUGCAGCACAGCGGGAGGGUGAGGGGAGGGAGGAGGAAAGGAUGAGGAACAGGGCCAUCGGGGAGAGCAGGAGACUGGCUCUUUCAAUGGAUAAAUGCCGCUACUGUUUCAGCAGCCAAGAGCUCCAGAAGCAUCUUAUUGUGGCCAUAGGGAGCAAGGUAUACCUGAGUGUGCCCUCAGGAGUGUCCAUGACCGAGGGCCACUGUCUCAUCUGCCCCCUUCAGCAUCACUGCUCUGGCACUGGAAUGGAUGAGGACGUCUGGUCCGAAAUACAGCUGUUUCGACGCACCUUAGUGCGAAUGUUUGAGUCCCAGGACCUGGAUUGUGUCUUCAUGGAAACGCACAUGAAUCUACGCCGAAGGCAACACAUGGUCCUAGAGUGCAUACCACUUCCAAGAGAACUGGGUGACAUGGCACCCAUAUACUUUAAAAAAGCCAUCAUGGAGUGUGACGAGGAGUGGGCUAUGAACAAAAAGGUCGUUGACCUUUCAAAGAAAGACAUCCGGCAAGCUGUUCCUCGAGGCCUGCCGUACUUUGCUGUUGAUUUUGGUUUGCAGGGCGGGUUUGCUCAUGUCAUUGAAAAUGAACAGAAGUUUCCACAUUACUUUGGCAAGGAAGUGGUUGGAGGUAUGAUGGACUUGGAGCCGCGGCGCUGGAGGAAGCCCAUACGAGAAAAUUUUGAUGACCAGAGGAAAAAAGUCCUGCAGUUUGCACAAUGGUGGAAACCACACGAUUGUACCAAGACUGAAAGCUGA